UCUGCAUCAGGUAGUGGCCUUCAAACUUGGGUGUGGUAUCAGGGCGGGGGUAGAGUGGUGGCCGGCAGCCGACCCACCUAUAAAAGCGGCUCGCCACAGGCCAAGACAGCAUCAGUCGCUUUGCAGCACUUUAGCUACAGUCAUCAUGAAGGUCUUUGUCGUUCUCUCCGCCCUGGCUGCCGUGGCCCUCGCCAAGCCCCAACUGGUCUCCCCUCUGGGGUAUAACGGAUUCUACAACCCCCUGGGCUACAGCUACGGUUACGCCGCUCCCGCCCUGCAGGCCUACUCUGCUCCCGCCGUGGCUUACACCGCCGCUGCCGCCCCCGCCGUCGCCACCUACGCCGCCCCCGCCGUGACCGCCUACGCCGCUCCCGUGGCCGUCGCUCCCGUGGCCACCAAGACCCAGUACCACGCUCAGGACGAGCUCGGACAGGCCAGCUACGGAUACGCCCACCCCGGACAGGUGCACAACGCCGUGCGUGACGCUUUCGGCAAUGUCGCCGGCUCUUACAGCUACGUUGACCCCGAGGGCAAGGUCGUGAAGACCGACUACAUCGCCGACGCCGCCGGUUUCCGUGUCGCUUCCAACGCUCUGCCCGUGGCCCCGGCCGUGCCCGCCGCCCCCGCCGUCGCCCUGCCCGUCGGACCCGCUCCCGUCCAGGACACCGCUGAGGUCGUUGCCGCCCGCGCCGCCCAUCUGGCCGAGCACGCUGCCGCCAAGUCCCGUGCCCGUCGUGCCGUCGUCAUCGGCUCUCCCCUGGCCUACAGCGCCUACGGUGCUUAUGCCGCCCCCGCCCUGACCACCUACGCCGCGCCCGCCCUGACCACCUACGCCGCCCACGUCGCUGCUCCCCUGGCCUACAGCGCUCCCCUGACCACCUACGCCGCUGCUGCCCCCGCCGUCCGCGCCGCCACCCUCACCACCGUGGUCAACAACCCCGGACACGCUGUCUCCUACCGCGUCGACUAAGCGAUCCGACCCCCCAAAAUGACUGAUGCCUGUUGACCACCUGCGGGCGUGUGAGAGAGAACCGACUUAAUUUAUGUCACUUUAGAUGAGUGUCUCCGGAGCUGCAGGCACUUGGGCGCUGUCUUGUGGACAGCGCCCUAGGCCGCGGCUCCAGUUGUAUAGCAUCUAUCACCUUCAAUAAAAUUGCUGCACUUCACUGAA